AUGGCAGCGUGGCAUUUCCUCAAACAGUUAACGUGCAUAAUUGGCGCUCAUUCUCCCACCCUUUCCCGCCACCUCGUACACUACCCAUCGGUUGUUCCCAUUCUCUCCACCCAUCACAAAAUUGCAAGGUACCCAUGGCGUCCCCAUUUCCGUGUCAAUCUUCGUGCCUCAGUUACGAAUGCAAUGUUUUCCGCAGCUUCUUCGUCCCCAACUCUAUCGGACACGUCCUUGACUCCAACCGCUCCUUAUACUUCCGUUGUGAUUCACUGUCCUAAAGACACUGCAGACGUGCUUGCUGAAGCUCUUUUAUGCUUUGGUGCAAGUUCAGUUAGCAUGGAUCAAGAUGAUGUCUCUCAAAGUACCGAUGAGAUUUGCAUUAGUUCAAUAUUUCCUGAAGUUGAGGAUAUAAAUGUGAGCAUGUCACGUGCAGCUGAUUCUAUUGGUUUGAAGGAGAUACCCAGAUAUGAAGUUAAAAUUUAUGAGGAGGACGACUGGAUUAAGAGAUCUCAGGAAUCACUUCAUCCAGUUCAAGUUACUGAAGGGCUAUGGGUGGUGCCCCAGUGGUGUACUCCACUGGAUGUUCAAGCAAUAAAUAUAAUUGUAAAUCCUGGACUAGCCUUUGGAACAGGGGAACACAGCACUACCAAACUCUGUCUAUUACUCUUAAAUGGUUGUAUAAAAGGAGGGGAGCACAUUCUUGACUAUGGCACGGGAACUGGAAUUCUUGCUAUUGCAGCUCUCAAGUUGGGAGCUUCCUUUGCUGUUGGAGUUGAUAUAGAUUCAGAAGCAAUUGCAUCAGCAUCUCGGAACGCUUCCCUGAACAACAUCAGAGCAGACAAAAUGCAACUGCACUUGAUUACUAGCAAAAUCUCUUCAUCCUCCAAAGAUAACUCCACAUUUGGAGUUAUGGAGGGGGAAAACAUUUGUGAGGCACACACAGUCACCACUGACAGGGCUAAGUUUGAUGUGGUUGUUGCAAAUAUCCUCUUAAAUCCUUUAAUGGAUCUUGCUGAUGAAAUUAUAUCUUAUGCAAAACCUGGAGCUGUUGUUGGUCUCUCUGGCAUCUUAUCCGAGCAGGUCCAGUACAUCAUAGAAAGAUAUUCACCAUUCUUAGAAGACAUAGAAGUGUCCAAAAUGGAUGAAUGGGCCUGCGUGAGCGAAAAACGGGUGAAAAUGUAUAAUAUACGCAUAGAAUCUUCAGAAUUGUUCUUGAGCACUCUUCGAAAGCAUUCUCUUGGAAUAGAAGAGAUUGUCUUUGAAAGCUUAGAUGACUGA